AUGAACUCCUUCCGCAUUGCCCGUGCGGCCAUCCGCGCUCGUCCCGCCAUGAUGCGCGUGGCUGCUCAGCGCAGAACCUACGCUGAGGCUGUUCCCGACAAGAUCAAGCUGAGCUUGACCUUGCCUCACCAGACCAUCUACAAGUCACAGGACGUCGUCCAGGUCAACAUCCCCGCCGAGUCUGGCGAGAUGGGUGUUCUUGCCAACCACGUUCCCUCCAUUGAGCAGCUUAAGCCUGGUAUUGUCGAGGUUGUCGAGGAGGCCGGUGCCGCCAAGCAGUUCUUCCUUUCUGGUGGAUUCGCUACCAUCCAGCCCGAUUCGAGCAUGAGCAUUAACGCCCCCGAGGGCUACCCAUUGGAGGACUUCAGCGCUGAGGCCAUCCGAAACCAGAUCGCCGAGGCCCAGAAGGUUGCUAGCGGCAGUGGCAGCGAGCAGGAUAUUGCUGAGGCCAAGAUUGAGCUCGAGAUCCUCGAGACCCUCGCGGCUCACGUGAAAUAA